AUGUCGGGUACCUCGCCAUCCAGUCGCGCCGAUGAGGUGCACGGUCUCCUUAAAGCCGUGGAAGACCUUCUCAUUCCCUUCAUUCGAUCUGCAGACGAGCACACCCCACAAACGAACGGCGUCAAUGGACACGCAAAACAAGCAGGAUCAGCGUUGGUGGAAUACAAGAGGCCCGAGGAGCUGCGCGACAUCCUCAAUCUUGAGAUCCCCGAGCAAGGCAGACGACAAGAAGGCCUGAUCGAGGUUCUGCAAAAAGUCCUGCAGUACUCGGUCAACACCUGGCACCAGGGAUUCAUGGAUAAAUUGUACGCAUCGACCAAUGCACCGGGUGUUGCAGCGGAGCUUAUUCUGGCAACUUUGAACACCAAUGUCCAUGUCUAUCAAGUCUCGCCUGCGCUGACAGUCAUCGAGAAAUACACGGGUCAGCGGCUCGCGAAUCUCUUCGGUUUGGAUGGUCCCAGAGCUGGAGGUAUUUCGGUGCAGGGUGGUUCGGCUUCGAAUACUACGUCCAUUGUCAUUGCGCGCAACAAUCUCUACCCCAAGACGAAGUCGGACGGCAAUGGUGAUUACAAGUUCGUGCUGUUUACUAGCGCCCAUGGUCAUUACAGUGUGGAGAAGGCGGCGCAGAUGCUUGGCUUUGGUAGCAAUGCUGCCUGGACUGUGCCUGUCGACAAGCAGGGUCGGAUGAUUCCCUCGGAGCUGGAGAAACUGGUGCAAAAGGCUCAAAAUGAGGGCCGUACCCCCUUCUAUGUCAAUGCCACAGCAGGCACUACCGUCAUGGGCUCCUUUGACCCCUUCGAGGAGAUUUCCGCUAUCUGUCAGACGUAUAAUAUGUGGAUGCACAUUGACGGCUCCUGGGGCGGCUCGUUCGUCUUCUCUCGCCGACAGAGACAGAAACUGGCCGGCGCUGAGAAGGCAAACAGUAUUGCUAUCAACCCGCACAAGAUGAUUGGUGUACCGGUCACUUGUUCGUACCUAUUGGCAGCAGACAUGCGCCAAUUCCACCGCGCCAAUACUCUUCCUGCAGGCUACCUCUUCCACAACGAAGACACCGCGCCAGCUGAAAACAGCGAUGCGUCCGAGCUUGAGGUCGAGUCGCCGGAGGUAUGGGACCUGGCAGAUUUGACUCUGCAGUGCGGCCGGCGUGCCGAUUCUCUCAAACUCUUCUUGGGCUGGACAUACUACGGAACCGAGGGUUACGAGCAGCAAAUCGACACAGCAUGCGACAUUGCAGCGCACCUGGCUACUCUCGUUGAGAAAAACCCCAACUUCAUUCUCAUCAGCGAGAACCCGCCUCCCUGUUUGCAGGUCUGCUUCUACUACGCUCCCGGAAAGGAGUUUGUCUACCCUCGCGGCGUUGUCUCGAAUGAUGCUUUGGAGGCUCAGCGCGAGAAGAACAAUAGCCGGGUCACUGCGCAGAUCACGCACGCCCUUGUCUCCAAGGGCUUCAUGAUUGACUUUGCUCCUCCCAGUUGUGAUGAAGAUGCAGUCGGAAAUGGCAAGUUCUUCCGCUGUGUGGUUAAUGUCUUGACAUCUAAGGAGACGGUCGAGUCUCUCGUGCGCUGUAUUGAGGAGAUCGGUCCGGCUAUUGUUGACUCGCUGAAGUCAACCCCACCAGUUGUUCGGAAACGACCUGGUGAGCAUGGACAUGGGCCUGUUGUACACCAUACAUGA